UGACUGGAAAAUUUGAUAUGCCAUAUAUAUUUAAGCAAGGUGAUAUAAUGAUAGGGGGGAUUUUUCCAGUCUUCAAUAAAGAGAUAAGCAAGAUCAAUACAUUUGAGGGGGAGCCUCUUAAAAUUAUGUGUGAAGGAUUUGACCUGCGUGCUUUUCGAUGGACCCAAGUGAUGAUAUUUGCAAUUGAUGAAAUCAACAAAAAUCCUGCUCUCCUUCCAAAUGUUUCUCUUGGUUAUAGAAUCCUUGACUCUUGUGCCUCUCCUACUAACACUGUUCGUGCUGCAUUGACACUGGGAGGUGAACCAGAGGGGAAGGAAAUGACAUCUCCUUGUCCCCCAGCUAUAUCUGCUCUAAUAGCUGAGUCAGGAUCAUCUCAGUCCUUAGCUGUGGCUGAAACUCUAGGACCAUUUCAACUGCCAAUAGUAAGUUAUUUUUCAACAUGUGCCUGUCUCAGUAACAGAGCUAAAUAUCCUACUUUUUUCCGAACAAUUCCCAGCGACUACUUUCAGGCAAAAGCUUUGGCUUCAUUAGUCAAACAUUUUGGCUGGGAGUGGAUUGGAGCCAUACAGUCUGACAAUGAUUAUGGAAGAAAUGGAAUUCUUGCAUUCACUGAGGAGGUUAAGACAUUAAAAAUUUGUAUUGCUUUUAUUGGUACAGUUCUCCGAACUUACCCUCUGGAUAAAAUUCGGAAAGUUGUAGAAAUGAUCAAGCAAUCUACUGUCAAAGUAAUUCUUGCUUUUGUUCCGGAGGGAGACUUUUACCCUUUGAUGAAGGAGAUAGUUAAACAGAAAAUCACUGGAAUUCAGUGGAUUGCUAGUGAAGCAUGGAUAACAGCUGCACGACCAUCCACACCAGAAAUGUACCAAGCUUUUGGUGGAGCUUUGGGGUUUGUUGUACAGAAGAUGGCUAUCCCAAAUCUACAUCCAUUUCUGAAAGAUAUUAACCCUUACAGAGAUCCAAGUAUGCCUUUUGUGAAGGAUUUUUGGGAGAUAAUGGUAGGUUGUCAACCCAUUUCACAUGGAAUGGACAUAAGUACAGGGAAAACAACUAAGAUAUGUACAGGCAAUGAGAAAUUGGAGAAGGAUUACACCCAUGACAUGUUCUUCAAUGUCACACAGCUUAGAGUUUCUUAUAAUGUGUAUAAAGCUGUUUAUGCUAUUGCACAUGCCCUUCACCAGCUGGUCUUCUGCCAACCAGCUGGAGGAAAAAACAUGAAUCCUUGCUUGAACCUGUCGGAAAUUCAUCCUAAAGAGGUAACAUAUCACUUACAAAGAGUAAACUUCAGAAACCAGUUUGGAGAUCAUGUGUUUUUUGAUGAGAAUGGCAAUCCUCCUGCCUCCUAUGAUAUCAUUAACUGGCAACUCAAAAACGGACAGGUCCAGCAUGUGACUGUGGGUCAUUUUGCAUCUGAUAAAAAUGGUGACUAUACACUAAGCGUGCAGGAAGAAAAGAUAGUUUGGAGGACAGGAAAAAAUGUUCCUCAAUCGCUGUGCUCUAAUGAAUGCCCAGAAGGGAAAAGGAAAGCUCAAAUCAAAGGGAAACCAAAGUGCUGUUUUGAUUGUAUUCCAUGUGCAGAUGGAACUAUAGCAAACUUAACAGGUGCAAUGGAAUGCACAGCCUGUCCAAAAGAAUACUGGUCCAAUGAGAAACACAGUGAGUGUAUUCCAAAAGCAGUUGAGUUCCUGACCUACCAUGAACCCAUGGGAGUAGCGCUUACAGUUGUAGCGUUACUAGGGGCCGUCCUGUCACUCCUCACAAUGACCAUUUUUAUCCACUACAGAGAAACUCCAGUAAUAAAGGCCAGCAACUCAGAGCUGAGUUGCUUCUUGUUGUUUUCUCUCUUUCUGUGUUUUCUUUGCCCUCUCACCUUCAUUGGUAGACCUACAGUCUGGACAUGCAUGCUGCGCCACACAGCUUUUGGUGUGACAUUUGCUCUUUCUAUUUCUUGUGUGUUAGGAAAAACUAUUGUGGUAGUAACUGCAUUCAAAAUCAAACACCCAAGCAACAAAGUUAUGGGACAGUUUAGUCCACUUCAACAAAGAAUUAUUGUUUGCUCUUGCACUUUGAUUCAGGUAAUUAUCUGUAUAUCGUGGUUAACUUUAAAUCCUCCUUUCCCUGACAAAAUUUUUACAUAUAGUAACAAAAAAAUUGUUUUACAAUGUAACACAGGGUCUGAGGUUGCAUUUUAUGCAGUACUCGGAUACAUAGGGAUCCUUGCAGUAAUAUGUUUAAUCCUUGCAUUUCAAGCAAGAAAAUUGCCUGAUAAUUUUAAUGAAGCCAAAUAUAUAACGUUCAGUAUGCUGAUAUUCUGUGCUGUCUGGAUCACUUUUAUCCCAGCAUAUGUCAGCUCUCCUGGAAAGUUUACAGUCGCUGUGGAGAUUUUUGCAAUUUUGUCAUCAGCAUAUGGUUUAUUGAUCAGCAUUUUUGCUAAAAAAUGUCACAUAAUCCUAAUGAAGCCAGAAAAGAACACAAAAAGGUAUGUUAUCGGAGUAAAUGCUAUAAAAAAAGCAUAAUCUGAAAAUAUUAGAUAUUAUUCACUCUGUCUACACAGUUUCAGUAUAUGAGUAAGAUAUUC